CUCCUACAAUUCAGUAUCUCACCCUUUUUAGCUUUUUUUUUUUUCAGUAAUGUCUUGCCAUAAUUUUGUGGCCACCGAUCUGAUACUCUGGUAAUGGCCAGUUCAAUAACGCGUCAGCAGUUCUUUGGUGGUUUUCUCUGCUCAACUUACUCAGAUAUUUUCCCUUCAUUCCCUGACACCAGCACUUAACAGUGACACAUAAAUGCCCCUAGCCAGGUCCUUCUUCCGUGAGCGCGCAGUCAAGCUGCAGGCUCGCCUCACUUUUGCUCUCCUACUCAUGAUCUUGCAUGUCUAUUUUUAGUUCUCCUGGCUCAAGCUUCCUCAGGCCACUGAAACACAACUCUCACUCUCUUUCUCUCCCUCUGGCAUGCACGCUGCUGGUGGGAGCCCCCCCAGGUAAAAACUGGGGCCUAAACCCUUUGGUGCUUCUUCCUCAGGGAAACUCGUGGCUUUGGGAUCACCGACCAGUUUUUAAGAUGAACACAAGCCGGACGACUUUCUGAUGGGCUUUAAACUUUGAAUUGGAUGUGGACAUUUUUCUCUCAGGAGACAGAAUCACUCCAACUUCCCUUUUGUGCUCGCUUCCUUUCCUUGAAGGUAGCUGUAUCUUGUUUUCUUUAAAAACCUGUUCCUUCCACAUUUGCCUGCCAUGCCGACUGUCAUUAGCCCGUCUGUGGCCCCACAGACAGGGGCUGAGCCCAAGUCCCCAGGGCCAAUUCCCCCACCGGCCCAGGGCAAGACCACCACGGCAGGGGGCGGCAACCCAAGUGGCAUCUAUUCAGCCAUCAUCAGCCGCAAUUUUCCUAUUAUCGGAGUGAAAGAGAAGACAUUUGAGCAGCUUCACAAGAAAUGUCUAGAAAAGAAGGUUCUUUACGUGGAUCCCGAGUUCCCACCAGAUGAGACCUCUCUCUUUUAUAGCCAGAAGUUCCCCAUCCAAUUCAUCUGGAAGAGACCUCCGGAAAUUUGCGAGAAUCCCCGAUUUAUCAUUGGUGGGGCCAACAGAACUGACAUCUGUCAAGGAGAAUUAGGGGACUGCUGGUUUCUCGCAGCCAUCGCUUGUCUGACCCUGAACAAGCACCUGCUUUUCCGAGUCAUACCCCACGAUCAAACUUUCACUGAAAACUAUGCGGGGAUCUUCCACUUCCAGUUCUGGCGCUAUGGAGACUGGGUGGACGUGGUCAUUGAUGACUGCCUGCCGACUUACAAUGACCAGCUGGUUUUCACCAAAUCCAACCACCGCAAUGAGUUCUGGAGCGCUCUGCUGGAGAAGGCGUAUGCUAAGCUCCACGGUUCCUACGAAGCUCUGAAAGGUGGGAACACGACAGAGGCCAUGGAGGACUUCACAGGAGGGGUGACAGAGUUUUUUGAGAUCAAGGAUGCUCCCAGGGACAUGUACAAGAUCAUGAAGAAAGCCAUCGAGAGAGGCUCCCUCAUGGGCUGCUCCAUUGACGAUGGCACAAACAUGACCUAUGGAACCUCUCCUUCCGGGCUGAAAAUGGGGGAGUUGAUUGCGCGGAUGGUGAGAAAUAUGGAUAACUCGCUGCUCAGAGACUCAGACCUCCUCCCCACAGGCUCAGAUGACAGACCGACCCGGACCAUUGUUCCAGUUCAGUAUGAGACCAGAAUGGCCUGUGGGCUAGUCAAAGGACACGCCUACUCUGUCACCGGGCUGGAGGAGACCACGUUCAAGGAUGAGAAGGUGAAGCUGGUGCGGCUGCGGAACCCCUGGGGCCAGGUGGAGUGGAACGGCUCCUGGAGUGACGGGUGGAAGGACUGGGGCUUUGUGGACAAAGAUGAGAAGGCCCGUCUGCAGCACCAGGUCACGGAGGAUGGAGAGUUCUGGAUGUCCUACGACGAUUUCAUCUACCACUUCACAAAGCUGGAGAUCUGCAACCUCACAGCCGAUGCUCUGGAGUCCGACAAGCUUCAGACCUGGACGGUGUCUGUGAACGAGGGCCGCUGGGUGCGGGGCUGCUCUGCCGGAGGCUGCCGCAACUUCCCAGACACGUUCUGGACCAACCCGCAGUACCGGCUGAAGCUCCUGGAGGAGGACGAUGACCCCGAGGACUCAGAGGUGGUCUGCAGCUUCCUGGUGGCCCUGAUGCAGAAGAACCGGCGGAAGGACCGGAAGCUGGGGGCCAACCUCUUCACCAUUGGCUUUGCCAUUUACGAGGUUCCCAAAGAGAUGCACGGGAACAAGCAGCACCUGCAGAAGGACUUCUUCCUGUACAAUGCCUCCAAGGCCAGGAGCAAGACCUACAUCAACAUGCGGGAGGUGUCGGAGCGCUUCCGCCUGCCUCCCAGCGAGUACGUCAUCGUGCCCUCCACCUACGAGCCCCACCAGGAGGGAGAGUUCAUCCUCCGGGUCUUCUCUGAAAAGAGGAACCUCUCUGAGGAAGCUGAAAAUACAAUCUCUGUGGAUCGGCCAGUGAAAAAGAAAAAACCCAAGCCCAUCAUCUUCGUCUCAGACAGAGCAAACAGCAACAAGGAACUGAGUGUGGACCAGGAGUCGGAAGAGGGCAAAGACAAAACGAGCCCUGAUAAGCAAGAGAAACCCCCGCAGCCGAGGCCGGGCAACACUGACCAGGAGAGUGAAGAACAGCAACACUUCCAGAACAUUUUCAGGCAAAUAGCGGGUGAUGACAUGGAGAUCUGUGCUGAUGAGCUCAAGAACAUCCUUAACACAGUUGUGAACAAACACAAGGACCUGAAGACACAAGGCUUCACGCUGGAGUCCUGCCGCAGCAUGAUCGCCCUCAUGGACACAGACGGCUCUGGGAGACUGAACCUGCAAGAGUUCCAUCACCUCUGGAAGAAGAUUAAAGCCUGGCAGAAAAUUUUCAAACACUACGACACAGACCAAUCUGGCACCAUCAACAGCUACGAAAUGCGAAAUGCAGUCAAUGAGGCAGGGUUCCACCUCAACAGCCAGCUCUACGACAUCAUUACCAUGCGGUACGCAGACAAGUACAUGAACAUCGACUUCGACAGUUUCAUCUGCUGCUUCGUCAGGAUGGAGGGCAUGUUCAGAGCUUUUAAUGCGUUUGACAAGGACGGAGACGGUAUCAUCAAACUCAACGUUCUAGAGUGGCUGCAGCUCACCAUGUACGCCUGAACCAGGCGGGCCUUGGCCAGGGCCGGGCAGGACCACUCAGGAUUUCAACUUCACCCAUCUUGGCUAGAGCCACUCGCCUCGAAGGUCGCAGUAGCUGCACCCCCAACAGGCCUCCAGACGCCUCAUUGGUCUUGUUCCUCUUCUACUUCACUCCUGACUCGGCCUGAGGGCAUCUGUCCGUCUGUCAUGCCCACACUGCCCCUUUUGUGAAGGACCUUUGUCCCUUUGCGCGUGCAGGCAAGUGUCUGCCUGCCUCAGCUAGCUGUAGCCCAACUGGGAGAUUUGCUUGGAAUGUGAGAAGCCUCAGCUCUGAAGCCAGUGCCCCCGUUGGUGCGCCCGAGGCUGUUCACAGGAGCGUCUGCCAGUGGCACUCAGUACUUCCUCUGUUAGAGCCCUCUCCCCGCUCUCCGUGUCCCACCCGUGGGACAGCAACCGAAGCAGCACUUGGGUCUGACUUUCAGGAUGGGCCCGCGCUGGGGUACACAAGCUCAGAAAAGGGAGCUGGGCACUUUCGGCUGUCUGGCCCGUAAGUUUGGCUGCGUUCUGGAAAACACUGACCUAAAUAAAGGCAUGUGUAUGGCUGGCUCCACCGUGUUUUCUUCUCUCACAUUUGCACGUUGGCCACGGCAGGGCUCAGGGGCUUCCAAUCGCACACUCCCCGGUCAUGUAGCGGGAGCCCGAGUUUCAGAACACAACAAGGGAACACACACACACACACACACACACACAAAUAAACUCCAAGUCCCGCUCUCCUCAUGCCAACUGCUGUUUCUCGAGCACAGAACUCACUCAGACACUGUCCAGGAUACCUAAGGAAAGGGGGGGAACAGCUGUUGGUAUACAGAACAGGAAUAAGUGGGCCGCCAGUAACUGGAGGGUCACGUACCUAAGUGUAAUGGGGCAAAAAUAUAGUUUUUAAUCCUAGCUCCUCCAUUAACUAACUGACCUCUGCAUGUGACCUUGAACAAGUCCUCAAAUGCAGCGGUUUGCCAGACUUGUCUGGUCCAUGGUGUGUGGCUCACCUAUAAACCACUUGUGUUUUUCACCCAUUUUCUUUGGUCUUCAUACCAACAUGGGAAAGAAAAGGUGGGCUACGGAUGUGCAGAUAAGGUGAUGAAAGUAAACAAUUAGUAAAAGUACUUUAUUUUCCUCUUGUAUUUGCUUUAUACCUUGCUUUACAAAGUUAUGAAGUUCACAGGUUUAUACCAAAAUGUAAGAAGGAUAAGCUAUUUGCUUAUAAACACUUUUGCAGUCAAAUGUCAUCUCAGUUCAUUCUUCUAACCCACAUUCCAUAGAAACAGCUCGAAUACCAGGGGUGCUAGAGCAGCUCCCCGGCACGCAUCCCUCUUAAGCAGCAGAAAGACCUUCAGUACAGCCUUUCCUCCCUGACUCUCCUCCCCCGUAAUCCAACUGGGCUACCACUGUGAAUUUAUAGCAAAUCUGGGAAAUUUCAGGGGCCACGUACUGGGAGUUGGAGGUAAGGUGAGAGGUUACUGUCUGGUAAGGAGUAGUUCAGGUUCACACCUGAAUCUCACACCCCCUUGCACAGGGAGCCCAGUACAGCCCCCAGCGCCCCACCACAGCUUCUGUUCCUGGCCACCAGGUGGCCCUUCUGCGAUCCUGAGGGCCCUGAGGAUCUGGGGCAGGAGCAAAACCACUGUUUCAUCCAUGUGGCAGGCAUGGCCUUCCUAGCAGUUCUAAAAGCUCUCCUUUAGGUGACAGAAACAAAAUCUGUAAGCCAGCACAUGUUAACUGUAGCUAUUUGAACAAACCAGAGGGAACGUGCAAUUCAAAUCUCACUUCACAAUGUACUCUGAUCUCCCCUCCAAUGAAUUCUCUUCCAUGAAACACACCACACCCCCGCACUGAGUGUUGUACACCUGCUUCCAGCAAACCACCCACAUACUCGCCACUGAAGUUGUCCACUGCAUGAUCUACCCCCCAAAACAAGCAAACAAACAAACAGAAACCUUUGUGAGGCGAAUAAUUACUUAAAUAGCAAUGAUAUUGCCUGUAACUUAUAAGCAGGUCAAACACUCAACUGCUGGCUCUUCUGAGACAGAAAAAAAAUCCUCCCCACAAAAGCAGGAGAGGAGUGGCAAUGACGUUCUCUUCAAUUCAAGUAACACGAGGUCAAAAUAAUUCUUUGUUCUUAGAGUUUUGUUUGCAUCAUGUUUAAUUGCUGUUAUAACUUGAGUACAGGAUUGUGCUAAAAUACAUUUUAAACCUAAUUAAAACUUUAGGAUAAAACUUGAAGUGACUGAUAUCAUAUCAGAACACGCAGCCAUUAAGACACUACCAUAAGCACACAACAGGUUUCACACUACUGUUUCCUUGGCUUCAAGCCGCUCAAAGUAGGCACACGCAAUUCUCAACAACAUUCUAAAAAAUGGCCGCCAACUCCUUAUAAUAAAUGAGUCAGGUUUUGUCAGGUCAUGGAAGUUUCCCAUCUUCUUAAAGUACUAGAUGUGCAGAUAAGCAAAUCCCUGAGCCACAGCUCUUCUCUGAGGGGGGACAGAGGACUAGAACCAGUCAAGACAUUGUAGAAGA